GCCGCGGCGGGAGCGGGAGAAGGCGGCGAGGGGCCGGGCCGGGCCGGGCCGUGGCGCCGGCGAGGAGCCGGGCGAUGGUGGGGAUCCCGGGAGGCUGCCAGUUUGCUGGUGAGAAGAGGGUGCCAGUGAUGCCCGGAUCGCCUGUGGAAGUGAAGAUUCAGUCCAGAUCCUCUCCUCCCAACAUGCCGCCGCUCCCCCCCGUCAACCCCGGCGGCCCCCGGCCCGUGUCCUUCACCCCAGCUGCACUGCCCAACGGGAUAAACCAUUCCCCCCCGACGCUCAAUGGGGCACCGUCCCCACCCCAGCGGUUUAGCAACGGCCCUGCCUCCUCCUCCUCCUCCUCCCUGACGAACCAGCAGCUCCCAGCCACGUGCGGCGCCCGGCAGCUCAGCAAGCUGAAGCGCUUCCUCACCACCCUCCAGCAGUUUGGCAAUGACAUUUCUCCAGAGAUCGGGGAGAAGGUCCGCACCCUCGUCCUGGCCUUAGUGAACUCAACGGUGACAAUUGAGGAAUUUCACUGCAAGCUGCAAGAGGCGACGAACUUCCCCCUAAGGCCAUUUGUGAUCCCCUUUCUGAAGGCCAACCUCCCUCUGCUCCAGCGCGAGCUGCUGCACUGCGCCCGGGCUGCCAAGCAGACGCCGUCCCAGUACCUGGCGCAGCACGAGCACAUCCUGCUGAACACCACCACCGCCUCCCCAGCCGACUCCUCCGAGCUGCUGAUUGAGGUCAACGGCAACGGGAAGAGGCACAGCCCGGACAGAAGAGAAGACAACAGCUUCGAGAGAGAGACGCUGCCGACAGAGCCUCCGGCCAAGCGGGUGUGCACCAUCAGCCCCGCGCCGCGGCACAGCCCGGCCCUCAGCAUCCCCCUGAUGAACCCCGGCGGGCAGUUCCACCCCACCCCGCCGCCCCUCCAGCACUACACCUUGGAAGACAUCGCCACCUCCCAUCUCUACAGGGACCCCAGCAAGAUGUUGGAGCACAGGGAGAUUCGGGACAGGCACAGCAGCCUCGGUUUGAAUGGAGGGUACCAGGACGAGCUGGUGGACCACCGCUUAACAGAGAGAGAGUGGGCUGAUGAGUGGAAGCAUCUGGAUCAUGCGCUGAACUGCAUCAUGGAGAUGGUGGAGAAGACGAGGCGCUCCAUGGCGGUGCUGCGGCGCUGCCAGGAGGCAGACCGGGAGGAGCUCAACUACUGGAAGAGGCGCUGCAGCGAGACGGCCGAGACGCGCAAGGCGGGCAGCGAGCUCGUCUCGAGGCAGCACAGCCCCAGCAGCUCCGACUCCAUCGGCAGCGAUUCGUUGCGGGAGUUCAGCAGCAGGUCGGGAACGGGCUACGUCACCGAAGAGAUAUGGAAAAAAGCUGAAGAAGCCGUGAACGAGGUGAAGCGCCAGGCCAUGUCGGAGGUGCAGAAGGCCGUGGCGGAGGCCGAGCAGAAGGCCUUUGAGAUGAUCGCCUCCGAGAGGGCUCGCAUGGAGCAGACCAUUGCGGACGCCAAGCGCCAGGCUACUGAGGACGCUUUCCUUGUGAUCAACGAACAGGAGGAGUCUACAGAGAGUUGCUGGAACUGCGGCCGCAAGGCCAGCGAGACCUGCAGUGGCUGCAACAUCGCCCGGUACUGUGGCUCCUUCUGCCAGCACAAGGACUGGGAGAGGCACCACCGGAUCUGCGGCCAAAGCCUGCACAGCCAGAGCAAGCCGCUGGCUCUGCCCGCGGGGCGCUCCACAGCCGCCAAGGGCAUCGACGGCGUGUCCAGCCCGGCCCUCGAGAAGACUUCGGCAGCCACAUCUCGAUCCUCCACUCCAGCAUCUGUGACAGCAAUAGAAACGAACGGACUCUAAAAGGAAAGUUUUGGUUCAGUCCAUUUGGUUAGUUUUCCUGAUUUUUUUUUUAAGUUGGAAAAAAAAAAAAAAAAACAACACCGCAGAAACUUCUGUCACUUGACACAAUUGACAAAUCCACGCCGCCUCCUCCAGAGCACCGGCACUUGGGCUUUGCCAUCUCAUUCUGCCUUUUUUCAGGCUCAUAAAGGACUUGGGUCGGCCUCGCUCAAGGUGCCUCCGUGCUGGUCUCUCCGAAGGGUCGCCCCAGAGCAUUGUUUGGGACCCAGGGGAGGCCGGGUGCUCGCUCGGGGGAACCUGGCCUCCAUGGAGUGCCAGCAGGAAAUGCUGAGCGAGCAGUGCCCAGCCAAGGAGCCCUGUUCUCAAGGGUCAAACAUGCUCAGGCUCUUUUCCUGAGGUGUCUGAGCUGCCUCCUCAUUCAGCUACCUUUUUUCCAUAAUAUGCAUCUUUUCUUUUUUAAUCUUGCUCUCAGACAAUGGUUUCUCAGUUAGCCGUGCUGGCUCUUUGUUGCUUUGAACAGACCAGAGCCGAUUUUCCAGCAAGAGCAUCUCAUUCUCUAGUGCAAUGACAAACAUGUAGCUGCUUGGGGAUAGCUGAGCCUGCUUCUCGUCUCCUGCCUGCGGAGGGUGGUGGCUCCAGGCUGCAGAGGCUGAGGAGAGGACACGUCUGCUGAGGACAGCUCUAAACCAAAUGUCAGUACCAGGGAAGUACAGCUGGUCACUUCUGGAGGGCCUGGUUUUAAUCCCUUUCUGUAACUGGACAGGCAGUUGCGUGAUUCUUGGGGUUGGACCUUUGCUGAGUGAAAACAUGCAGACCAAAUCUGGAUUCCUUGUGGGCAGUUACUGCUUUUUCCACCUGGCUACCAUUAUUUUGCUGUGCAGAAAGCAUUUUUUCAUUGCAUGGAAGUUGUUGGUUUGAGAGUUACUGGUGGUGUUUUUAACCACUGAGAUUGCCACGGGUUAUUUAUAGCCCAUUCUCUCCCCGCACGUUGGCCAAACAAACGAUGCAGGACUCGGCAGCCUGUGCUGGUUCUUACCCACCCCGGGGACCCCUGGCCCCACUGGAGGUGCGUGGGGACGCGCGGCCCUCCCGGGGGCCCCGUGCAGCUGCCCCCGCCUUGUCGGCACCCAGAGCCCAACCCAAAACCGCGGGGGUGCAGGGGGGACCCAGCACCAGGAGGCUGCUGGGGGAGAAGAGCCCCUGCUUCGGCACGCAGGGAGGGCUCGGGGGCAGCCUGCGGAGCUCUGACCCGCAAAUAGCUACUGCGGGGCGCCGGGCACGCAGCGGGGCUCGGCUCCGGCGCUUCCUUUGAGAUCUCCCCUUGGAGGCAGCACGGCUGAUGGGAGGCAUCGGAGCGUGCCCUCGGGGAUGCGCACUGAUUGCACAUGCUGUGCGCAAAUGGGAUCUAGGAAACCAUCUAUUCAGCGAAGCUGUGUUUCCGUGACUGUUUUUGUAUGAUUGCUGGGUUGGAGCCCAAUGAGGCAAGUAAUUCCCAAAUUAUUUUUGAUCACUUUUUCAAUUGGAGGUGAAUAAUAGAGAUGUGAUGAACAGUCACCGAGUUUGCCGUGGUGUAGCUGGCUGCUGCCUGUCAGUGGCGUGCCCAGGGAUAACCGAGUUACCCAGCAAACCAGCUUUGUCCCUCGGGAAACGUUGUUUUGGAAGCUGCUGUCAGGGGACAGAGUGGGUGAGUCCCGCAUCGGCGAGGUUUUAGUUUGAAAACAAAGCCAUGAAGUCUCCUGGUUUUCACAAAAGCUCUCAAGUGGCAGCUGGGACUGUCCCGUGUCCGCAGCACAACGCACAAGAACUCGGAGCUGCCUCAGGUACCCAACACGGGGCUGCGGCGUCCCGGCGGUUCCCUGCAGCCCUGGCCGCAUGCCAGGGGCCAGCGGGGGCCGAGCGCUGCCAGAGCGGCUGAGAAAGGAACGAGCGCGGUGCAGUGCUGGAGUAAAUUGCUUGUAAAUAGAUUGUCUUCCAUAAUUCUCAUGCAACUUUGGCUGUGUAUUAAAAUUAACCCCAGUGUAAAUGAACGAAGUACUAACGGUCAUGAUUAGAACGAUUGCUUUUUUUAAAAAAAAAUUGUAAUGAUAAAUGUGAAAUUCAGACAUGGGAAGAGGACUUGUUGGGUUGAGUUUUCUUUUUUUUUUUUUUUUUGACAUUU